AAGCCAUGACCACAGACUCGUUUCUACUGAACGUGUUGCUUGGCGAUUCUAAGCGUAUGGUCUGAGAGGUGACCGAAUUAUAGGUUUCGACUACUAUGGUUAUUAGCAUGUGACUCUUGGUUUCUAGGCUUGCUCUUCCUGAAUGGUAGUUGUUUCAUAAGGAUCGAAGCGGAAGCCCAACAUCAUCAGUUCCAUUAUGGUGUUAGGUUGCUGGAGAUAAUGCGGAGCCGAGACGCUUUCGCUAGACUAGUAGGCUUAUCAUGGGGGGUUACCUGGAGACUAAGAUACAUCUAGACGUCUCGCGUUCUCUGCCUUGAUUAGUGGGAACAGGAGGAACGGCCAUGAGAUCGCGAUUCUGUUGUUGAAUGUCUAACAUUCACAUUCCAGCUCUAGUUUUUCUACAGUCAGACGAGAGAAUAGGAUAAAACGGCGUCGCACCGAGGCCAUGUAUAUCGCGUACGGAUGGCCGAAGGUUCUCCGAACGACUCGCGGUCCCGACGAUCCAGUGGUCCACGUGGAGAUCAGCGGUGGGCUCUUGAUCGUCGUUCACUCCUCCUGCAUUCAACUAUGGACCUCAGGCCAGCACCGGGUGAAGCUUGGCGAAUUCGUGCGAGAUGACAAGUCGCUGGAAGAAGACGGGGGCAAUGCUCAUGCCAUAUGGAACGAAGCUGUCGAGACCCUCGCUGUGCUGACGGCGGGCAGCGUGCUUCAUUUCUACGAUGUGCGCACCACUCCCAAGCCGCUGCGCCUGGUGUCGCCAGACUCCCCCCCCUCGCUGCUCGCCCUCAAGUUCCGCUCCUCCACGCGCGUGCCGCUCUUCGGGGAAGACGUCUCAAUCAACGGCAUGGUGGCCGACGAGGACCACAUUCUGCUGGGCCUGUCCAGUGGCCGCCUGCACCUUGUUUCCUGGCGGGGGCAGCUGCGCGGCACAGCGGACCUAUGGCGCAAGCACAGCCGGGAGGUGAUCGGCCCCAUGUACGUGCCCGAAGCCAACGGCCUCCCAAGCACCCCCCACUCCCCGCGCUCCUCCCCCCUCUCCUCCUCCUCCUACCCCUACCCCUCCUCCCCGCCCGCCCUCAAUGCUGCCCUUCCCACCACCCCAAACGGCCGCAGCAGCUUCACGGGGUCAGACCCAGGCGGAGGGGCAGGGGGAGCAGGAGCAGGAGCGGGAGGGGGAGGAGUGGCGCAGAUGGUAUACUCCCCGUUGUUACGCCUGAUAGCAGUGGUGCUGCUAGACGGGAGAGUGGUGCUGUGCUCUACUGGGGAGAGGGGGCUGAGGCCCGUGGAAGAGGUGACUCCAGAGAAGUGGGUGGGUGUGGUGGACGCCGCCACAGUGGCUGUUGGGGCCAGGCAGCAGCUGCUGGCCGUGGGCAGCAGGAGAGGCACGGUCGAGCUGUUUGACCUCGCCCGGAGCUCCUUGCAUCUACGCACCAUCUCUCUCUUUGACUGGGGCUACUCACUAGAAGACACGGGAGCAGUUGCCUGCAUAUGCUGGUCGCCGGACAACCUGGCGUUUGCCGUGGGGUGGAAACUAAGAGGGCUGGCAGUGUGGUCCGUGUCUGGCUGCCGCCUCAUGUGCACCAUCCGCCAGGGCUCCAUGAGCCUCCUCCCGCCCUCCUCCUCCUCCUCCUCCUCCUCCUCCUCCACCAUCCCCACUGCUACUCCCGCCACCACCACCACCACCACCACCCCAACCUCCUCCUCCGCUUCAGACCCAGCCUCUACCCCAGGCUCGGCAGCAGCAGGAGCCGCUACAGCCGGGUCCGCUACAGCCGCAGUGGUUCGGAGCAGCGAGCCAAUGGUGGGGGGAGUGGCAGCUGUAGCGUGGGGGGAGGAGGGGUACCAGCUGGUAGCAGCGGAAGCAGGGGUGGUGGGGGAGGUGGCGGCGGGGGUGAGGGGGAGGCAGGCGGGGCGGCUGGUGCAGUUUGCGUUCGCGCGGCAGUGCUCGAGCAAGGCAGUGGCGGGGAGCUCCCAUGUGUGGCAGGCCAUGGCGGGGGCGGACAGGGUACUGCUGGUGCAGAGCAACGAGGAGGAGGAGCUGCGGGUGCAGCACUUGGUGAUCCCGCAAACGUACAUGGGGGUCAACUGGCCCGUGCGGCACGUGGCAGCGAGCGACGACGGGUCGUACCUGGCAGUGGCGGGGCGGAGGGGCGUGAUUCUGCACAACCUGCGGUCGAAGAAGUGGCGCGUGUUUGGAGAUGUGAUGCAGGAGAGGGCCAUCAAGUGCGAGGGGCUGCUGUGGCUCGGAAAGAUCAUCAUUGUGUGCAACCACAGGGUUGCCUCGCACUCCUACGAGCUCUGCCUCUACCCCCGCUUUCACCUGGACGAAUCCUCCCUGCUGUGCCGCCACCCGCUCCCUGCCCGCCCCCUGGCUCUGGACGCAUGGGGCGAUUACAUCCUGGUGGCCACGCCGCCCUUUGACAUCCGCGUGUACCACAUGCACGUGGAUGGAGACGUGUCUCCGCUGCACCUGCCCACAGUGCAGUUGCGCACAGUAAGAGAGCUCUCAAUCAUGUCAGCCCGCAAGCCCCUCGUCUCCAUGCGUUUCGUCCCGCGCACAGGAGUGGGGGAGAUGCAGGGGGGGGGGGACCAAGAGGCAGAGGGGAUGGGGCAAGGCGCAGGCAGCAGCAGCAGGGCAAAGGGCUCUAAACCUGGCGGCGGGGGGCUAAGAGACUCUAAAGCGAGUGGCAACGGUGGGGGAGUAAGGGAUCCACUGGCAGCGGCGAUGAGGCGGCAGCCGACCAAGUGCAUGCUGCUGCGCACCGAUGGGGAUCUCUCAUUGCUGGAUCUGGACAGUGGCAGUGAGAGGGCGCUGGUGGCGGGCGUUGAGAACUUCUGGUUGACUCAGGGUGGGGACGAGGCUGCUGCUGCGCUCAUUGAGGAGGUGCCCUGGUGGGCGUAUGGGCACAGAGGCAUGCAGGUGUGGUACCCCUCUCUGUACCACGAUGCAUCCGGCCAGCCGUCAGAGGUGCAGCAGUUGGACCCAGAGCUCGACUUCGACCGAGAGGUGUACCCGCUGGGGGUGUCGCCUGCAGCGGGGGUGAUAGUGGGCGUCAGUCAGCGCCUGUCACUCUCCUCCUGCGCCGAGAUGCCAUGCUUUGAGCCCACGCCACAGGCGCAACCCAUCCUGCCGUGCCUGCUACGGCACCUGCUGCAGCGCAACAAGAUGGAGGAGGCCAUACAGCUGGCGCGCCUCUCUGCCACGCGCCCCCACUUCUCCCACUCCCUCGAGUGGCUGCUCUUCACCAUCUUCGAUGCCGAGACGUCCAGUGCCAGUGCGCGGCGCCGGCGCAAGGAGGUGAAGAAAGGGCCAAGCCUGUUGGACCGGGCGUGCGAGCUGAUUCGGCACUUUGGGGAGUACCGGGACGUGGUGGUCAGCGUGGCCAGGAAGACUGACAGCAGACACUGGCCUGAUCUGUUCGCCUCUGCUGGCAACUCAAACACGCUCUUUGAGGAGUGCUUCGAGAACAAGCAGUAUCGUACAGCCACAUGCUACAUUCUGGUGGUGGAAAAGCUAGAAGGCCCCACCAUCGGCCAACAAAGCGCCCUGCGCCUCUUGCAGGUGGCGUUGCAAGAGUCGAUGUACGACCUCGCAGGCGAGCUGGUCCGCUUCCUGCUGCGGUCGGGGCGGGAGUACAGCCAAGCAGUGGAGGAGGACGAGAGGGCCAGUGAGAGCCUGCUCAAGAGCUUCUUUACCUUCGGCUUCACCUCCACAGCGCCCAAGGCUCGGGGGGACGUGCUGCACACGACGGUGAAGCACAUAUUGGGGGAGAAGGCAACGGCUCUGAUGAGCAGCAAGGAGCUGCGGCAGCUGGUGGCGUUCGUUAAAGGCACCCAGUUCGACUUCACUGAGUUUCUUCGGUCGGAUCGGGGCAGGGCCAUUCGCUUGGAGGACUUCCCCACUGCGCUGCGCACCAUCCGCUUCAAGCUCGCCAUAGAGGGAAACCUGCAGAGCAGGCUAGAUGCGGAGUUCCUCUUGGCUCACGUGCGCACCGUGGGCUUCCAUGAGUGGACCGUGGUGCUCGCAACGCUGCUGCAGCGAUCAGAGGUGCUUGCAGAGCUCUUUCAGAAUGACAUGAAGCUGUGGACCGCUUAUGUGAGAGCGCUCAAGGCACAACCAAAUGCAUCGCAGUACGAUGAGCUGUUGGCGGCAGUGGAGCGGGACUUAACAGCCCAUUUGGGCCCUGAUCACUCUACUCUCUCCUCGACCGGUCUUGCUUUCCCUGCCACAGCUGCUCCAGCUAGGUGAUUUGUUCUCAGGCAAAAAAUGCCGACGCAUGCGUAUUUGGUUUAGUAACAAUUGACUUUUUGACGAGUGCAUAGUUGUGUGAUGUGCAUGAGCACAUUAUGCUUGAUUAGGCGAUUGAAGGUUUUCAAGGUUAGGAAGAGCAGUUAGCAGGCCUCAAAAUUGGUUUUAGGCCACUCUUAGGAAUCAGAGUGCCAAAAAAAAAUUACCCUGCCGGUCAGAGUACAAUUUU